GAAUCAGCAAGCCGGCAAGCCACCGCUCCUCGUCCCCGCCGCGUCUCACGAAAAAAUAAUUACAAAAAAAGCAGAGACCUUGGAAAAGGAAACUCUAGAUCAGUUAUCGGAUCGGGCGACGAUUCCACCAGAAAUUCUACCAGUUCUCUGUAUUUGGAGACAGGAAAGCCACCUCUAGAUUGCUGUUCUACUAGCAAGGAGGCAUAGAGCUUCGAUCGGGAUUUCCGUAAUGGGAAAAUGAGGAGUCUAAGGUGAAGAAUUUCAUAUCCAAGGAGCAGUUGAUCCUUCAUGGAAGAAGGCUAUACAAGUCUUCCUACCAGCCAUUCGGUCGGCUCGGUGCCGGCAGUGGUUGCUGAAGAAAGUCGAGUUCCGAAGACGAAUUUGCAAAUCUUUCCGCCUGGUAGUAGCGCUUCAGGCUAUCAAGCACCAGGGACUCCAUAUGCAGGUGAAGACGUGCAGAGCACAAGCAGUUGGAAUGGAUAUUUUAGCAUUUCAUCUUACCAACCAUUUUUCAAUGUCGAUACUGAUAUGGUAUUUGAUAGGCUCGUUGGUGCACUGUAUCCUAUGGAUGGUUUUUAUACAAAAGUACAUUCUAAUCCAGAUCUGUAUGGUCCUGUCUGGAUAUCUACCACGCUGGUGUUCAUGCUUUCUGCAUUGGGAAAUUGUGCUGCUUAUUUGAUGAACAAUGGGAGUAAAGCAGAGAUUGCAUGGAAUUUUGAUGUCAACUAUGUAGACUGGGCAGCUUCUAUCAUAUAUUGUUACGUGCUUGCAGUGCCGGCUGCAUUUUACUUUUUACUCCGUUACUUUGAAUGUAAUGUCGGGCUUAUACAACUCUGGUGCAUUUGGGGGUACUCACUCUCCAUUUUUAUUCCAACCUCUUUGUUGCUGGUAAUUCCCCUUGAGAUUUUGAGGUGGAUCAUCAUACUUUUUACUGGGUCUGCAUCAGCUUACUUCAUUGCUCUAAAUCUGAAGCCUUACACCGAGGGACAGCACAGCCUAUUUCUUUGGGUUAUCGGCGCCUCAGUAUUGCAGUUUGUUUUAGCUAUUUUCAUCAAGAUAUUUUUCUUUGCUUGAUGCUGACUGGAGUAAUGGGAAUUAAGGAUGCCUAAUAUAUCUUAAAAUAUUGGCUAAAUAUGUCUUGGUAAGUUUUGUCUCUAUAUGUGCUUCAGCGAAAUCUCUCUUUUUUCUGAUAUAUUUUCUGAGGAUUGUAAUAUCUUUUUUUUAUUUUUUAUUUUGUGCGUGCCGAGUUAAAAAUAUUUUCUGACCGCAGAAAGGUUUCUAGAAAAUUUAUUAUCAUUGUGCCGUAUAGAUCUUCUUAUAGUGAGCAGGAUUGGAAGUUUUAUGCUGUCCAUGGAGUUGCAGGUGUCUAUUUCUGUUUUGUGACUCUUUUUUUUCUUCUGAUUUUUACAUGCCUCUAUUAUUUAUACCAAUGACUUUACACACCAUGAACACUCAACAUAUUUUUAUAAUGGGGCCUUUACAUA